UCGUACAGAACUCGUGUUGUCGACCUGCUACCCCACACUUGCGCCGGCCUGGCGUCUCCCACGUGCUCAUCUCAACGAAUAGAGGCAGAGACCGUCCCUCCCGUUCAGCUUGAUCCAUCCACCACUGCCUGCGGCCCUGACCGGUGUGGGAUGCCGCUGCGAACAAUGCUUAUCCAGGUGCCCUCCGCGUAGUAAUCAUCGCCCCUCCCAGCACCUAGACUACUGGGCGCACCCCAUUCGCACCAAAACAGUUUCUGGGACGCUAUUGUACUUCUCGCUCUGAUGCUUUCCUUGAGUGCAGACAAUGUGUCCAAACCUCCGAAACAGCUUCUGGUCGCGCAUGGGCUUGCAAGACGCCGAUCGCGACGUCUGCGUAAGAGCUAUACAGGUACUGUACCCUGAGCAUACCGUCGCGGAGGUUGCGGACCAGGGAUACUGCUCUUUCACGCUUUCGGUGGCGCCGCCUCCGGGCUCGUCUGCCAGCAGUGUAGAGUACAUUGUGCAGCUGCGUCCAGCGCAGCACGCGCUCGACGGCGGUGUCGCGGAAGCGGCGCGCAGGACAUAUGGCGCGCUCGCGCCACGGAUGCGGAGCCUGCAGUAUGACGAGCUUCCUGGGGGCCUCCGGGCUGUGGAAAUGGGCAGGUUGGAGGGGACGCCGCUGGCGAAGGUGGAUGUGGGCGGUGUGGAGUGGGAGAGGCAGGUUGGGCUUGUGGAGAGCUUCGCGGAGUGUGUGGCGAGGGGGUGGCCUGCGGCUGUGGAUGACGGCUCUGCUAGGUGUUCACGCGCCGACACGCCUACGGAGGGCUUGUGGUUGGAUGAGCACUGCACUGGAAAGGUGGGGAGAGUCAUCGUGCCGAAGCUGAGGAAACUAUCUGUGGAACUGCCUUGUGAAACGCUGAGGGCAAGAGCGAUGGAUACUCUUUUACGAUUACUUGCUAUCGAGCACUAUCCGGUUGUGCUGAACCAUGGCGACCUGAUUCCGAGCAAUAUCCUUGUAGACGAAGAGACGUGGGCUGUCAGUGGCUUGGUUGAUUGGGCUGAGGCUGAGAUGCUGCCAUUUGGGACGUGUCUUUACGGGCUCGAGUACUUACUCGGUGGCCUGGAAUCGACCUCCUCUGUGGAUGGAGUGGGUAUGAAACCGGUGUGGAGAUAUCGGCAAGGAAGUGACGCCUUGCGAAAUAUAUUUUGGCAAACGUUGAAGAAGGAGAGUCCGAAGAUAGGAGAGAACGCAGAAGAGGUAUUUUUGAUGAGAGACGUUGGUGUUUUGCUGUGGUUUGGAUACGCGUGGGACGAAGGGGCGAUCGAUCGUGUUGUGAACGAGACGGAUGAUACCCGUGAAGUAGCUUGCUUGAGGGCAUUCUUUGAUAGUGUAUGA